AUGGGCAGUGGACCCCGAAGAAACAUCAGCGGGUCACGAGUCCAACCUCCCGGCUCCGCGGCCGGCGCGCGCAGCGUCCUGUUCGGAUUGCCGCCGGUGGGAAACCGGUACCCCGGAGCAGUUCGCGUCGCCCUCGCCCUGGCGAUUCCGGCGGCCAUCGCCACACUGCUCGGAUUCGGGUCUGCUUCGCUCCUGGUCGGCCUCGGCGCAUUUGCAUCGAUCUACGGUGAGGGUCGUCCGUACCGGAGCAGGUGGAAGGCAGUCGGUAUCGCCGCGACGGCGCUGACGAUCCUGUCCUUCAUCGGGGCAUCAGUGGGUGAGCCCGUCCACCGAGCCAUCGCCGAGGGAGCGCCGACGGUGCUGCUCGUCUUUGUCGUGCUGAUCAUGGCCGUCGUGGUGUCGACCUGCGCCUUCACCGUCGACGCGCUUCGAUUGGGUCCACCGGGCGCGUUCUUUCUGUUGCUCACCACCGAGAUCAGCUCCGUGAUCGCCACUCCCGGCCAGCCGCCGGUCGAGGUCGCGAUGUGGACGGCAAUCGGUGGGAUCAGCGCGGUGGUCGUCUCGAUGACGGGAAUCCUGUGGGCACCGAGAGCUGCCGAACGCAGCGCUGUACAGGCAGCCGUAUCGGCCGUUGCGGAGUACACGGACGCUCAGGCGGCGUACGCCCCACCCGAACUCACGCGAGACAAACGCCACGCUGCAGCACUUCGGCUGCACGACGCGUGGCAGUGCCUUUACCGCGGCGCAAUCGUAGGAAAGACCACCCGU